ACUAAAGCAUUAGCAAGCAAAGAGAAGCAGCAAUCUUAAUCGCUGAAACUUACUAACUUUGCAGGACGACACGAAAUGGCCGGUGGUGAGAUGAAGCUACUUGGCACAUGGUACAGUGUCUGGGCUUGCAGGGUCAGGAUUGCGCUCCAUCUCAAGGACCUGAGCUAUGGCUACAUCGAGGAGGACCUCGAGAACAAGAGCGACCUCCUCCUGGCGUCCAACCCCGUGCAUAAGAAGGUGCCCGUGCUCAUCCACAACGGCAAGCCUAUCAGUGAGUCACGUGUCAUCGUGCAGUAUAUCGACGAGGCCUUUCCGGGCAAUGGUUCCCCCCUCCUCCCCGCCGACCCUCACGAACGCGCAACUGCCCGCUUCUGGACCGCUUACAUCGACGACAAGCUAGUGGCGGCGUGGUUUCAGGCGUUCAGGGGCAAGACGGAGGAGGAGAGGUUGGAGGGGGGCCAGCAGUUGCUCGUGGUGGUGGAGACGCUGGAAGGCGCUCUGAGAGAGUGCUCCAAGGGCAAGCCUUUCUUCGGCGGCGACAGCGUCGGGUUCCUGGACGUCAUGCUGGGUGGGCUCCUCUCGUGGCUGCACGGGACCGGGGCCCUGUGCGGUGUCGAGUUCCUGGACGCCGCCAGGACCCCGCUCCUGUCGGCGUGGGCGGAGCGCUUCGGCGCUCUGGACGCUGCCAAGGCCAUUCUGCCGGACGUCGGCGAGGUGGUCGAGUUCGCCAAGACGUGGCGCGCGCAGAAGGCUGCGGCCGCCGCCGCGAAGAACGAAUAAGCCGGCCGGCACUGCACGACAUCGUGAGUGCAGUCUUGUCGCAGCAAAUAGUAAUGUUUGGGUCCAUGAUUGUUGUCCAUGAAUAAUGGAAGCAUAUAUAAUAAAGGUUUCACGGCAGUGUAGUCCUUGAUUUG